AUGUUGGCAGUGUGCGUCUGCGGGAGCUGCCGUGCAGGCUGUGCUGUGAUCGAGGCUCCAGAGUAAGGGGGAGGGUUUGCCUUCCCGGACUGGGCCUACAAGCCCGAGUCGUCCCCUGGCUCGAGGCAGAUCCAGCUGUGGCACUUUAUCCUGGAGCUGCUGCAGAAGGAGGAGUACCAGGGCGUCAUCGCCUGGCAGGGGGACUACGGGGAAUUCGUCAUCAAGGACCCCGACGAGGUGGCCCGGCUCUGGGGCAUCCGCAAGUGCAAGCCCCACAUGAAUUACGACAAGCUGAGCCGGGCUCUGCGUUACUACUACAACAAGCGGAUUCUCCACAAGACCAAAGGGAAGAGGUUCACCUACAAGUUCAACUUCAGCAAAGUUGUGCUUGUCAAUUACCCCCUGCUGGACGUGGCGGCAGCUGCCACUGGCUCCCCGCUCUUGCUGACCCCCAGUCCUUUCGGGGGGAGCCCUGGGCCAGAUGCUCCUCCCCUCACCCCUGAGACCCUGCAAACCCUGUUCUCUGCCCCACGUCUGGGAGAGCCGGGGGCCCGGACACCCCUGUUCUCCCCUGAGAUGGACAAACUGCGCCUGGACAGCUCUUUUCCAUUCCUGGGCUCUGGUGCCACCAGCUACUCCAAGCCCCCUGGCCUGCUGGGUCCCUACGGCCGCGCCUUCCCCGAGUACCCCUGGAACUUUAACCCGUACCUCACAGGCCCCUUCCCCAAGCUGGCCCCGUCUCUGUACCCCCCGCACUUCUACCCCAACCCCCUGGCCAGCUCCCUGGGCCACCUGCCCUCUGCAGGGGCAGGGGGAGGCCCCACAGCCGCACCCCUGCUUGCUGCAACGGGGGAGGGCCUGGGCCCUGAGCGACCCUCAGGCCUGGCAGCGGCCCCCCGCCUGGCGCUGCCUGGGGCUGGGGGUUCCGAGGCCGUGCUGGGUGGGAAGGAAGACAGCGACUCAGAGCUGGAGAUCACCGACGUCAGCGGCUGCAGCUCUGACAGCGAGGGCGACGAGGGCCUCCCCGUGCCCCCCAAGGCCAAGGCGGGCAAAGGGGGGACCGGCAGCUGA